GUCGGAGCAACUUGACAGAUGAUGUGGCCUAAUGUUUGAUUCUUGAGAAAUUUUAUGAAUUACAUAGUUAAUAUAAUAUUAAAUAAAAUGCAAAUAUGAUCGUUUUCCAAUUUUAUGUGUUUAUGUUACUUGUAUCUUUAUUUCAAUGUAGACUACCAGAUAAAGUUAUAUGUGCAAAUGAAAAAUGCAGCGAGCCCAUAUCUAAAGCAAAAACACUUUUAACGUACAAUAGCGGUGACCCAGACCUUAUAUCAUUUCGAGCCAAUUCAGAGGCCUUAGUGUAUAUGAAAUCAGCUGGUAGUAACCCAGAUUUGUGGUAUGCAAAAAUCAAUGGCAAAACGGGAUUUGUGAGUUCGAGGUUUUUGCGAGAAACAAAAAUUAUUGAAAGAAAUCCAACAUUUUUAGUUCCAAUUGAAAAAAAUGUAAAAGAAAAUGUACAACCAGAUAAAGUGCAACUACCACAUGAAGUGUUUGAAGGCACAACCAUCUUUACAACGGAAGCCACGAGUAAUCAAGAAGAAAGUAUUACAGAGCAACCUGAAAGUGUAACCACCGAAAGUUCGAUACCUUCGUUAAGUGCAGUUGAGACACAAAAUAUAGAUAGUGAAAAUAAUGAUGACUCAGUUCAAUCUGAAAAUGAUAGUACCAUUUCGGAAUCUGUCAAUACUGCAACAGCGACAGUUGUAGAUAACAAUCCUGUAACAGAUAAUGUUGCAAGUGAUAUAUUGAAGGUUCAAGAAAAUUCAAUAAGUAAUAAUGACAAUAAAAUAAUAGAAAAUCUUAUACAUCCUAAUGUAGAAGUAAAUAGUAAUUCUAUAGAAAAUGUGUUACUUAAUUCAAAUACUCAAGAGAACAAUGCACAAGGUGUUGAUGAAAGUGAGAAAAUAAUUACUGAAACUAUUGAUAAUGUAACAAUAGACGCAGAAAAAAACCUUGAAUCUGCUGACAUAAGUAAAGAAAUACCAAAAACAAUAACAUCAACACAGGAAUCAGAAGUCCCAAGUUUCGCCACCCCUUCAAAUAAUGCUAACAUAGAGCAAGUGGAACAAAAUAAUCAAAACCUUAGUUCAGAAACUUUGAAUUCUAUUUCUGAAAACUUUUCUUCACAAGAACAAGAUACUAGGUCUAGUGAAAACAUAAAUCUGGAUACCAACACUGAAAUACCAGUUGAAAGUACAAAUAUUCCAGAUACUUUGCCUUCAGAAGAAGUACCAGAAGGCAUUAAACAAAAUAUUAUUCCUUCCACUAAUACCGAAAAUGUGGAAAAUAAUUCACCAAAGGCUGAAGAAAAUAAUGUGCCAUUAGACACACAGAUUGAAUCUAUACAGAAGCCUACUGAACCUGAAAUUCCUUAUAACAUAAAUAACAAAUUUAAUAAUCUGCCUCAACAAGACAUUCUGAACAAUUUACAAAAUUCACAACCUUUUCUAUCAUCAAAUACAAUACCAGCGGCCACAAUUGAAGCUAUACACACAGAGACUACUGCAGAAGUUGAUAACAAUGCAACCCCACCAAGUAUUCAAACUAGGGAUGAAACAACAACUGAAACUACUAAUAUCCCUAAUAUUGAUGAAGUUAUUUCUUCAUCUUCAACUUCCUCAGAGGAUUCAGAUGGUACAACUAUGUCAGAUUCAGAUACAUCUCAAACUGAAAGUUUAUCACAACAAAUUACAAUUGAAGAUUUGUACGCAAUGUCAACCGAAAGUCCCGAAGUAAAUGAAGACAGUACUCAAAGUAUUAUAUCGGACAUGUACUCUACAGUUGCUAGCUUAUGGCCCACAACAACUGAGACACCGCCACAUUAUGAAAGCUUAUUUAAUCCAGAGAAUCCUCAACCUGAAGUAGAAAAGGAGUUUUCAAUAAUGAAGUACAUAGUAUCUACUUAUAAUAAUGUCAUGGGGACCAAUGAGCAAACAAAAGCAAUAUUUGCUUCUGCAGGAGAAACAUGUUUUACUGAUGAAUAUUGUGAUGGUGAAAGUUUCAGUCAAAAACACAGAUUGCUAACAUUCCUCUUAACAACCGCCGGUGCUGUCCUCUUAUUUACUUUGGGAUAUUAUUAUAUUGAAAAUAAAAGGCAAGAUGGAAAACUUAUUGGUACAAUUAAUUCACUACAAAGGGACCUCUUAUUUAGCACAAAGGAGUGUGAGAUCCUUAAAGAGGAACUUGCAACUACAAAGAAUAAGUUAACUGGUAUUGAAGACAAUUCAUUCGGUAUGGACGAUAUGGUGAAAUCGUUAAAAGAAGAAAUUAAUGAACUGAAUGCACAAAACGAUAGAUUACGAAAUUCUUUAGAUGACAAUGAAAAACUGCUUCGAGUAUCAGAGAAUACUGCCGGUGAAUUACAGAAUACUUUGGGUGAAGUUGAAAAUACUUUGAGUGAGCUUUUAGCUGAGAGAGAUCAUGCUGAAGAACAAAUUGCAGAGUUAAAUGGAAAAAUUCAAGCAUUUGAAGAAGAAUUAAUAUCAGUGAGUAGAGAAAGGGACAACUUUCAAUUGAAAUUCGUCUCAGCUGAAACAUCACUAGAGGAAUACAAAAAGCAAAAGAAACAGUUUGAAGAAAUAAACAAGAAAUUAUCUGAAGCUAACAAUACUAUUGAGUUACAAAAACACGAAAUUGAAGCUCUAAAGGAUGUUAUAAAAGAACUUAAGAGUGGGACACCAUCUGAUGUGGAUGCUGCAACAUUGAUAGACCAUACAGAGAUAAAAGCUAAGUUAUCUAAAGCAUUGGAGGAAAGACAGACAUAUUUGAGUAAAUAUGAGAUAGAACAUAAAGAGAGGGUCCGUCUUGCAGAAGAGCUGAAGACAACUCAAGAGUCAUACAGCACGUCCAGUCAGCAGGCGGCUGAGGCACUCACCAGGCUUGAGGUUCUCGGCAAAUACUUCCAAGAGAGAGAAAGUGAACUGAUGAAGGAACUAAAUGCCAAAGAGUCAUUAUGGUUGAGCAAACAAGGCGAGUCCGCAAGUACCGUGGAGAAGAUUGAACUUCUUCAACAAGAAUUACAAAGGUUUAAAGAGAAAUGCGACGCGUUAACACUAGAGCUAGCAGAGGCGGAGUCGACACGUCGCACCGCUGUGAGUGAGAUGGAGGCGCGUGUGCACGCCGCCUGGCUUGAGGCACGUGCGGCACGACGUGACGCGGACGCGGCACGAGACGACGCGACCGCGUUACGACGCAAGCUCGCCUCCCUCAGUACUGCAGACGGAGCUGCCUCGCCUCAUGCACAAGUGUCUUCCCCGUUAGAUGGUGUGGACAGUGGCGUGAUACCACCCCCACUGCCACCUCUCGCGUUUCUGCCUCCAUUGCUUCCGCCACUGCCUCGCCCACCGCCACUCGGCCGUCUACCUUCGCCACACCCACCGAGAUACAACGAUCGACGUUACUCGCCGGAGAGUCGGUAUUCUCCGGAGAGUCGAUACUCGCCUGAGAGCCGGUACUCGCCCGGGACGGUGCGCUACUCGCCCGACACCCGCUACUCGCCGCGCUCUCGCCGCUCGCCCUACUCGCCGCGCAGGAGACGAUCGAGAGACAGGUAUACAGAGGGUCGCGGGUCUCGAGCGCGCAAUGGCCCCGCGGACACGGAGACGGAGUACAACUCUGACAGUCCCACGCGACAGCCGCGUGCACCUCGACAGCCACGACGACGUACCAGAUACUCCAGCCGAUCGGGUCCUAGUUCGGGAUCCGGAUGUUCCUCGGAAUCGGAUAAGUGAAACGAAUUUAGUCUGAUGUAGAAAAAUGUCCUGUAUUAUUA